UUUAUGAUAGAUUCCAGGACCGAUAUGGGUUUAUGAUAGGUCCCAGGGCCAGUAUGGGUUCAUGAUGGGUUACUGGACUGGUUUGAGUUCAUGAUUCGAUCCAGGACUGGUAUGAGUUCAGGAUAGAUUCCAGAACUGAAAUGGAUUUUUGAUGGGUUCCAGAACCGGUAAAGGUUCAUGAUAGAUUCCAGGACUGUUAUGGAUUCAUGAUAGGUUCCAAAACUGAUAUGGAUUCAUGAUAGGUUCCAGGCCUGGUUUGAGUUCAUGAUAGGUUCCAGGACCGAUAUGGGUUCAUCAUAGAUUCCAGGGCCGGGGUUCAUUGUAGGUUCCAGGACUGGUAUAAGUUCAUGAUCGGUUCCAGAGCCGGUAGAAAGUUAUGAUAGAUCCCUGAACUAAUAUGGGUUGAUGAUGGGUUUUAGAGACGGUAUGGGUUCAUGAUUGGUUCCAGGAUCGGUUCAGUAGUCGAUGCAGGACCGUUUUUAUGUUGUGUGCAGUUCUUGAGCCGUAAAAGUUAAUGUAUUGGUGUCAGGACCAGCAUGAGGUUUGUUUUGGUUUCAGGUCUCUUAAGGGGUCAUACGUACCUUCUUUUGAAUUUGCCAAAUUAACCAGUGUAACAUAAGAAGCUGUGUUGCCUGAUCGUUUCAGCGUUUCAACGAACUAUACAUUAAAAAAAAAAAUAAAUAAAUGAAAGCAUAGCUCACUGCAAUCCAAGCCAAACGGGCCAGUGGAAGUUGUACAUCGUCACAGCACUUCGGCAAACGGCUUCAACACGGCCUAACCGUUACGUCCCGGAUUGCUUUGGAUCGGUGAUUUUGAACGUUUGAUUACUGUUUCUUUCUUAGUGUGCUGUGCAACCCUUUUCUUCACGACCCAGUCGCCAUAAAUCCCCCGAGCAUAAACAUAAAUAAGCAAUAGCGCCCGUCCCUGCAAGCACUCGCGUUCCAGAUGUUAUCUAUUCACGUUUCCCCGUGCCCGUAAAGAACAAGCGCACGGCCACCGUUUUCUACCGCCCCCCAGGACAGGACAGUUGGCGCGGGGGAAGUGUGGGAGGAGUGUCCCGCUUGUGUUAGUGGGCAGUUUGUUGGGCAGGAUAUUUCAUCGCAGGAACAAAUAGAACAGGAACCCAAAAUACACACACACACACACACACACACACACACACACACACACACACACACAAAGACGAAAAGGAUAGAAAGCGCACGCGCACACUCCAACACCUCUCUCGCCCCGCUGUCUACCCACCGACCAAGAAUAGGGAAGGAAGGAUGUGACACGGACGGAUGACACGGGUAGUGUAUGUUUUGUGCCUUGUGGCCGUCGAAAAAGUCGAAGCGUCAUCGUUUACCACCAGUGCGAAGCGUGUACCGGAGCGUUCCACGGGUUUGGUUUGUGCCGAAAUCGGUUGCGGUGUGGACGGUGCUGCAGUGUUUUUUUGCCGUUUGUUGCAAUUGUUGCAAACAACCCAGAGAAGAGGAGGUGGCAGACGAACACACCGUGCACAAUCCUCCCGACCCCAAACGCACGCACGUGCAAUUAUGUGCGGACUGCCCUUCCGGGCGAGUGUUUAGCCAACAACGGAAACGCACCUCCCGCCCCCCCCGACGAAGGGAGGGGGGAAAGGGGCCGUAUGGCAGGAUCGGAGCCGCCCGAAAAGCAGUAGUGCCCUUGGAGUGCAUCCCGUAUUCGAGUGUGUGUGUGCGAUUCACAGGAAUAACGUCAUCCAGGAAGUGGUCCGCUAGCCAAGGAACGGGAGGAUAUCUCUUGCUCUCUUCAGAGUGUCCCCCUUCGAUGUAGGAACCACAGAUAAACGCACACGCACAAGCCACACACACACAUACCCAAAAACAAGUAACAGUUUUCUUCCGUGUGUGGCAAGUGUUGACAGACGCAACGUAGAAAAAAAAAAACAAACAACACGUCCUGUGUAGCAAAUCCGGACACCGAACGUCCCCGCUCGCGUGUAGCUGUAGUGCGCUAGUGUCUGUGUGUGUGUGUGUGCCCCUUUUCCCUGCCCCCUCCUCCCUACGCGUGUGUAUUAUGUCAGCGGUCGUGCACUUUGCCCACGACGGGAUACUGUUCCUGCUGCUGAUCUACGGCAUCAUCGCGCUUGCAAAACCAGUGGCUGGAUCGUCGCUGGCGCUGUGUGAAGGCGGCCAAACAUGUCUUCCACCGAAGGAGUGCUGCGCCCAGGGCUGCUGCUAUCUGUACGCGCCGCCGGGCGCCCCCCGCAUCCCGAUGGCGAGCGGGGACCACGUGCUCGGGCUGCUCUUCCUCAACCACUGGUACUUCUGGUGCUUCCUGUUUGCGGUCGUGCUCGCCCUGCUCUGCACCUGCUCGCUCUGGCGGCGGCGCCGCCAGCUGUGCGGCUGGGACGCGUCCGCCCGCCACUCGCAGUCGGAGGGCGAUUCGGCCGGCUCGUGCUACGCGCCGCCCCAGUACAGCCGCUGCAACUCGUUCCACAUACACGCGCCGCCGCCUUACACGGAGGUUGCCUCCAAGCCAGACCUGUACCCGCUCGUGUUUAGCUACACCGAUCCGGGCAAGGGGAGCAGCGGGGCGAACUACCUGAUGGUGCAGUACUUCCGGAACUACAUCGUGCAGCCGGUCGGCAGCAUCUCCGGCACCAGCACGGUCGACUCGCUCAGCUCGAGCUUCAUCUGCAACGCGAACGAGGCGAACACGCUGGUGCCGCCGCCGUACUCGCGCGCCGCCAGCCCGGACCAGCUGACCGUCGCCUACCGGAACUACCUGCUGCCCCGGUCCGCCUCGCAGCAGGUCUGCCUUACCGCGUACGAGCGCACGGCGGUGGUGGCGGGCGCCCGCAGUCAGCCCGGCCCCGGCUACCACCACCAUCACCAUCACCACAGCCACCGGGACGACGAUUCCGGGCUGCUGCUACACGACCAACAGCAGCACCAGCAGCAGCAGCAGCAGCAGCAGCAGCAGCAGCAUCGGGAUGAGUCGCCCCAUCCGGGCACGAUCAGCCACAGCAGCAACAGUGUGUCCCUGCUGGAGUGCGGCCCGGAACCGGAACCCAGCGAGCGGGGCGGACCGAGCCACGACCCGCCCGGGGCCAACUGUGAUCGGCAGCGGGCCGGCGGGCUCGUCUGCAAGCACUGCUGCUCGCUCGGCGACAUUGCGAGCGAGCGGCGCCCGGACGGUGGGCCGGCCGCCGGUCCCGCCCUCCACAAGAGCCUCGACACCUGCUGCCACGUGCUGCUGGACGAGUCGCUGGCGCAUGCGGGCGGCCCGAGCGGUGGGGCGAAGCAGGCGGGGCGGCGCCACUCGGGCGCCGUCUCGAGCGUCGGCUCGAACGUGUCCAGCCUGGUCAAUCUGGAGGGGCCGGCGAGCUCGCCGCCCCGCGCCACCAGCCCGACGGCCGAGGUGCGCGAACUGCUCGAACAGAUACGCCAGCUGCACGGCGAGGAGGCCGGUGGUGGUGGUGGUGGCGGCGAGGGUGCGACCGGGCGAUCAGCACAGCCGCCCGCUAGCUACCGGCGGCCGUCGUCGCUGGUCGGGCGGCGCAGCAAGCUGUUCGCGAAGGGCGGUCCGCCGCCGGGCGCCUCCCGCGCCAUGUACAUACCGGUUGCGUCCUGCGCGCCCCACACGGCCGGCGGCCAGCGGCCCCUGCGCAGCCCGGCCUCGAUGUCGAGCGCGGCGAGCAGCUUCCUCAGCCGCCAGCGCCACUGCUGGCUGUCCAAGUCGGCCCCGACCACGCCCGGCACCGGGCCGGGCAGCUUCGGUGGCGGCGGCGGUGGGGGUGGGGAUGGCGGAGACACGGCCCCCGACAACCGGCCGCUGCUGCUGACCGAGCAGGAGGAAGACGGCGAACAGAACGUUUAGUGGCGCCGGGAGGCAGGCAGUUAGGCAAGCAAGCAGGCAAAAAGCAAACAGAAAUCAACGAAACCCAUUUCGUGACCACACACACACACACAGACACUAUCGAAGCAAUAUGGAACGACCACAGAUACUUACCGAGGCGCAUGUGGUGUCCCGGACAGCCACCCUCCCCCUCCCCACACCCGUGUGUGAUCCAAAGAACGGAACGAAAGCAGCGACAAUGGCCUUAGACGUGUUAACAUCUUGAGUGUCAUGGCCAGUUUUGGUUUCCCGGGGGGGGCCAAUGUCAUCAUAUGUGAUAGAGAGGGAGAUACUGAUAUUAAAUCCUUAUUUGUUCCAUGAGGUAAGGCAUAUGUCCUAUGCCUUAUCCAAUUCUUCUAAAAUUCCUGUACUAUACGUACGCUGCAGGUUUGUCGGCUUUGGUAACUGUAUCGGUUCCGAGUUCCGAGUAUGGAAGUUUCGUUCCGAAUCCGGAACAGGUACAGUUACAAUUCCGGAACAGGUACAGUUACAAUUCCGGAACAGGUACAAUUCCGAAUCCGGAACAGGUCCAGAUACAGUUCCAGAAAAGGAAUGAAAUCAGGUGCUAUUUCAGGACCGGCAUGGGUUCAUGAUCAGAUCCAGGACCGGUAUUGGUUCAUCAUCUGUUCCAGGUUCGAUAUGGGUUUAAGCACAGUUCCAGGACCAGUAUAGGCUUAUAAUAGGUUCCAGGACCGGUAUGGACUCAAAAUCGGCUCCAGGGCUGGUAUGGAUUCAUGAUAGGUUCCACUGCAGGAAUUGGUUCAUGCUCGGUAUGAGAACCUGUAUGAAUUCAUGCUCGGUUCCAAGGCCGGUAUGGAUUCAAGAGCGGUUCAAAGACCGGUAUAGAUUCAUGAUUAGUUCCAGGACCAGUAUGGGCUCAAGAACGGUUCCAGAAUCGUUAUAAAUUUAUAAUCAGUUUCAACACCGAUAUGGAUUCAUGAUCGGUUCCAGGACCGGUAUGGAUUCAUGCUCGGUACCAGAACUGGUAUAAACUCAAUAGCAACUCCUAGGCUAGUAUGGGUUUAUGAUCAGUUCCAAGACCGGUAUAGGUUCAUAAUAUGUUCCUGGUUCGAUAUGGGUUCAUCAUCGGCUCCAGGACCGGUAUAAGCUUAUGAUGGAUUCUAGGACCGGUAUGGGUACCGGUAUGAUCGGUAUGGUUUUGAAGAUGGUAACAGUUCCUGAACCGUUACGGGUUCAUGGUUGGUUCCAAAGAUGGUAUGGGUUCCCACUCGGUACCAGAACCGGUAUGAACUCAGAAUCAACUCCUGGACUUGGUAUGCGUUCAGUAUUUCUUCAAGUACUUAUAUGGAUACAGUCUUUGUGGUUCCAGUUCAAUCAUUUCGGCGUCCAUUUCAAGGUAAAUGGAAUUCAAGUAAUGUCGUUGCGCAGCACUCUAAUGUGGUCAUAUUUACUAGUUAUCAUGAAAUUUUGCAACAAAAAAACUAGAUGCUUUCAUCAAUGAAACAUCUAGUUAAACAAGAAUCCAAAUCCACAAUGUUGUAUUACCGAUGAUUGAUAUCUUAACACAAAACGAAGAAACGUACGAAAAGAACGGAUCGAAAAUUAAAAAUUUAUCAUUCGCAUCUCAUGACUUCUUCUUCUUCUUUGGCUUAACAACCGUUGUCGGUCAAGGCCUGCCUGUACCACUAGUGGGAUUUGGCUUUCAGUGACAAAUUGAUUUCCCCCCAUAGCAGGAUAGUCAAUCCUACGUAUGGCGGCACGGUCUAUUUGCGGAUCGGACCCAUGACGAGCAUGAUGUUAAGUCGUACGAGUUGACGACUGUACUACGAGACCGCAUCUCACCUUGUUAAUAUUCAAUUACUGGUUGCCUCCGCGAUACCAAAUCAGUAAAAUUUGCUCAAAGAACAGUCAAAUGUAUUUCACCAAGGUCAUGUUUCUUUUCUUUUUUUAUCUUGUUGCAAAACGUCACAAUAAUAUGCCUUACCUCAUAGAAGAAAUUAAGAUUUAAAAUCAGUCAUCUCUCCCGCUAUCACCUCUGCACAGGUGUUAAACAGCUCCAUGGGUGGGUUCUAGCGAGGCGGGGUAUUUGCUUUUGGGACGCGCAGUCUGCGUGGUGGCUUUGGCAUAGAUAUGUGUGUGUGUGUGUGUGUGACAAAGACAACAACAACAACAACAAAACAAUACAAAACCUACCACUUUGUUCCGGACCAAGCAAGUGUGUUUCGUGUCUGUGGCUGUUCGUAACCCUUACUUUACAUCCUAUCCUCUCCAUUUCCUUCACCCCUCGCUCCCUCGUGUUUCGCUUUGCUACGUUUGUAUUCUUAUAAGUAUUUGUAAAGCAACAAAAUGAAAACAAAAAAAAACAACAAAAAAAACUAAUGCCGGAAACACACACACACACCAGGACAAUGGCAAAAAAGGUAACUGACCAUUCCAACCGACUUGAUUGAGAAGUUUCAGAAUGUUGGUAGAAAUUUACUUCUAGUUACGCCGCUUCUUUUCCGCAUUUGAACACUGUUCACACACACACACACACACAAAAAGAACAAUAAGCAUGGGUGGGGGUGCCCGAGAGGGGUGUCGGGGGGUAGUUACCAGAGGACAACGAGAAACAAAAGAAAACCCCCAUCUGCACAACUCGAAGCCGUACACUGAUUUAGACAGUGAGAAAAGGAAAGACAGAGAGACAGAGUAGAGAUAAGGAGAAAGGGUUAUAGUAUCUUAGUAUUCAACUCAGUUUCUGCAACGAAAUGCUUUCAUUAACGACACAACCGCAAUACAAUAAACUAUAGCAAGAAAAAAAACUCAACAAAUUUAGACAUAUUUGGCAUUUAACGUGUUACUUGUGGCGACUGAGGAAACAGUAAACCGUACUCUUCCAGGCCUUGAAGCGUCGUUUUUGAAGAGUCAGGUGAACCGCUGCUGUAGAAGCGGAACGAAAGGUGGAAGUGCUACUUCGAACGACACCUGAAUGGAGCAGAAGCAGGAAAGGCUGAUGCAAGUGGCAGAACAAGGCAACCACUACAGCAGCAGUAGCAGCAGUAACACCAGCGACAGCAAUGUUGAUGGUAGACGCCGAGGUGCCCCAGCCAUCUCUGAAUGACAUUACCUGCACCAUCAACCAGUUUAAGAGCUGUAAGUCUGUUGGUAGGGGUGAACUGGCCGCCGAGUACUGCAAUAUUAGUUAUGGGUAAAGUUGGUAUAAAUCCCGAGUUGACUCUGAUCCGACUCCGAUAAUUGCAGAACCGACUCCGGAAGGUAGGUCAGCCCAGCAUUAUAUGGAGUCGUUCGGAGUCGUCCAAAGUCGUCCAAAGUCGUCCGGAAUCUGAAGUCUCUGACUCUGAUCCAACUCCGAUAAUUUCGGAAUCGACUCCGGAAGGUAGGUCAGUCCAGAUCUGGUAGCAGGAGGAGUGGAAGCUGGGUGUCAUUCGCCCAGUCUACAAAAAGGGUAACAGGCUGGUUUGCUCGAAUGUUCCUGCCAUCACAGUUCGUAAUGCGUCCUUCAAGAUCCUGUCCCAGAUCCUGUUCUGCAGAUUUGCGUCUCUUGGUUAAAAUUUCUUUGGUAGCUACCAUGCUAGGUUUGUUGGAGGCAAAUCCACCACCGAUCACAUUUUCACUCUACGGCAGAUCCUCCAGAAGUGCCGAGAGCGCACUUCAAGGCAGCCUACGACACCAGAUACUGGAAUGAACUAUGGAACAUCUUGCAGUGGUACCAAAUUCCUACGAAGUAGAUCCUGGCUGUUAGAGGCCACCAUGAGCGGGGUUCAGUG